AUGGCGGCGAACAAUCCAAACAGGCGUAGCCUGGACCUCUUCAAUGUCGACCAAGAAGCUGUAGAGAACCUCGACCUCACCUUCCAGGAGGCUCUUCCCGCCAGUGGCAGCAACUUUGCAGAGAUCCCCGACACGCACACAAUCUCAGAAAGCGUCCUCGCCUACCGGGUAGAGAAUGGCAGAACCUACCACGCCUACAAGGACGGGUGGUACCUGCUCCCAAAUGACGCGGAAGAGAUCGAGCGGCUACGCCUGACGCAUGACAUCCUCCGGCGCGCGAUGGGCAACCGCUCCCACCUGGCGCCAUGGACCAAGGACCACUUCCCGCGGCGCGUGCUCGACGUGGGAACCGGGACCGGCGACUGGUGCUUCGACUUUGCCGAGGAGUAUCCCCAAUCCGAACUUAUCAUAGGCACCGACCUGUCGAAUAUCCAGCCAGACGAAGGCCCUCCAAAUGUUCAGUUUAUCAUCGACGACUCCUCGCAGGAGUGGCUUGACGACGACCUGGAUUAUGUUCAUACGCGAGACACCAACGGCUGCUGGGAGGACAUGAGUGCGCAAGUAAUCCAGCAGGCCUUCCAAAAGUUAAACCCCGGCGGCUGGUUAGAGAGCCAGGAAUUCGAUAUUGUGCUGCGCUGCGACGACGGAACCGCUCCAGCCGACCACGGCUUCAGACUUUGGCUUUCAGAGUUGGACCGAAUAAGCCGAGUAGCAGGGAAGCCUUGUGCCAUCACCCCUUGGCUGAAGACAUGGUACGAAGAAGCCGGUUUUGUCGACGUGCAAGAGGAGAUUUUUCGAUUGCCAACUUGUGGAUGGCCCGAAGACCCUGAAGAGAAGAUGAUUGGGACAUGGAUGGAAGAAAUGUUGAACAGCGGAAUCGACGGCAUUCUUCGAGCAUAUCAAUUGCGGGUGGCCGGGCUGACUAUGGAACAACAUCAGUUCGAAGAGACCUAA